AGCUUUGCAAAUUACAAAACCCGAAAAAAAAAACUGAAAAAUAGCAAGUUCCAAGCAAAUUCAGGCUAGAGUGAGGCGACCAAUGACUGUAUUUUUAUUUAUAACAACUUCAAACUUUAGCUCAUUCAACUUUAUUUAAGUAUAGUCCAAACACAAACACACACACACCCCACCAAAAUCCAACUCCGAUUCCAAAUUUCCAUAUGGUCUCCACCGCCGCUGUUGCCGCCGCCGUUGUAGUCGUAUUGUUGGCGGCCGCCGUGGUAGCAGACGGCAAAAAGCUGAAAACGUUCAGCGUAAGGUACAAUGAUUUUGAUGCAGGCAGAGACAAGGACAGCUUUAUUCGAGAAGGCAAUUCAACAAUCAACAUUAACGCUCUGCAGGUAACCUUGGAUACUGCUUCGUACAUCUUCAUCUCCAAUCUCUCCGGUCGUAUCCUCUUCUACAAGCCCUUUCGCCUCUGGGAAAAUCCAGCUCGCCAGCCCUCUUUCAGCACCUCCUUCCUCGCCAACAUUUUCCCCACAGGUAACGGAACUGAAGGUGGAGGUCUGGCCUUCGUCAUUGUCCCCGACCUCGCCGGCCCGCCGCUCCAAAGCACCGGCAGGUACCUCGGACUCACCAACGCCUUCACCGACGGAAACUCCUCUAAUAAAUUAGUCGCCGUCGAGCUCGACACCUCCAAGCAAGACUUCGAUCCGGACGACAACCACAUCGGCCUCAAUCUCAACGGCGUCAGAUCUGUGGUGGCAAAGCCUCUGGCGCCGCACAACAUCACUCUAUAUAAUUCGCAAAACACCACUCUAUCUUCUUCACCCGAACCGAAAUUCCACAACGUCUGGGUCGACUACGACGGCCACCGCAUCCAGGUCUACAUCGCGGAGCAGUAUGGGCAGAAUUCCCCCACCCCGUCGAAGCCGCGCGAUGCGAUUAUCGCGCUCGAUCUGAAUCUGACGGAGCACUUGAGCCAGGACUCGUAUUUCGGGUUCGCGGCGUCGACGGGGGACAUGACGCAGCUCAACUGUAUUCUGAGGUGGAAUCUGACCGUCAAUCACUUGGAAGAGGAUCCGAACUGGCUGGUGAUCGGGCUGGGAACGGGGAUUGGGGCGACGGUGGUGGUGGCGCUGGGCGCGGUGGGGUUGGUGUGCUACUGCCGGAAGCAGCGGGCGAUUUCGAAUCCGAAUCUGGUGGGGGCGCUGCGGAGUCUGCCUGGGACGCCGCAGGAGUUUGAGUUCAAGGACUUGAAGAAGGCCACCAACAGCUUCGACGAGAGGAACAAGCUCGGCCAGGGCGGCUACGGCGAGGUUUUCCGCGGGAAUCUGGCAAAGGAGAAUCUCGACAUCGCCGUCAAGAGAUUCUCCAGAGAAAGCCUUCAAGGCCAGGACGAUUUCUUGGCCGAGCUCACCAUCAUCAACCGUCUCCGCCACCGCCAUCUCGUCAAGUUACUAGGGUGGUGCCACAAGUAUGGGAAGCUAUUGCUGGUGUACGAGUACAUGCCCAACGGCAGCCUAGACAAGCACCUGUUCGUGGGGCGGGAUGUGGAGCCGCUGGGGUGGCAAGUCCGCUACAAGAUUGUAUUCGGCGUGGCCUCUGCCCUGCAAUACCUUCACAACGAGUACGAACAGAGGGUGGUCCACCGCGACCUCAAGGCCAGCAACAUCAUGCUUGACUCCAACUUCAACGCUCGUCUUGGUGAUUUUGGCCUGGCCCGGGCACUAGACAACGAGAAGACAUCCUACGCCGAGGCAGAGGGGGUGCUGGGCACCAUGGGGUACAUCGCGCCCGAGUGCUUCCACAUGGGCAAGGCCACGCAGCAGUCGGACGUCUACGCGCUUGGCGCUGUGGUGCUGGAGCUCGUGUGUGGGAGGCGGCCCGGGGCCAAGAUCGGCGGGUUCCAGCUGCUGGUCGAUUGGGUGUGGUAUCUGCAUCGCGAUGGGCGGCUGCAGGAGGCCGUGGACCCGAGGCUGGGGGAAGACUUUGUGGGGCCCGAGGCGGAGAGGCUGCUGCUUCUGGGGCUGGCGUGCUCGCACCCUACCGCGGCCGAGAGGCCUAAGACGCAGGCGAUAGUGCAGAUCAUAUCGGGGACGGUGGCUGCCCCCGUGGUCCCACCGUUUAAACCAGCAUUCGUGUGGCCUGCAGCGGCGGGGCCCAUGGGUUUGGACACGGGCUCCGCCACGGAGACCACUUCGCAAUUGGGGUCCGAGUGGAGUGGGCAGUACCUUAGCAGGGAGAGCUACACUGACUCCUCCUUGGUCUAGUAGUGCAUUGGAUGAGCAAUCUCUUUCUAUCUCUUGUUUUCUUCUUUUCUUUGUUUAGCAUACAAAUUUGUUAGUUUAAUUUGUUAUUGGAUGGGAAAUCCCAAGAUCUUCUAUCCAGAUAGCAGCAGUCAAAAGUUUGGAUUGUGCAGUUCAUGUUGUCAUGUAACACGUAUAUUUUGACGAAUGUGUAUGAUAAAAUACCACAUGUGCGUAGUUA